CGUUUGAGGAACGCGAGCGGACGAGACAGACUUUUACCUUUUCUCUCUUUUUCCUGUCCUCACCCACCAUGCCGCGGACGCCGCUGCCCGCGGGGGACGAGCGGCGGCUCAGCCCGGCGCCCUUCUCUUGAGGGGAUGCUGGAGACGCGGCCGGGACGCAGCUAGCGCGACCCGCGCCUCUCCGCCGUCCUCCCCCUGCCGCGUCCCCGACCACCAUGAGGGAAGAGCGAGAAGCUGCGGAGGCGGCCGCCUCCCCCGCCGGGGCCAGCAGAGCCCCGCAGCGCUGCCCGCAGCCGGACGGCGGCGGAGCGGCCACCCCCGCGGCGCUGCCCGGCAGCGCGGAGAGCCUGCGGAACGGAUACGUGAAGAGCUGCGCGACCCCGCUGCGGCAGGACCCCCCGAAGAGCUUCCUCUCCUUGCUGCUCUUUCCUACCGCCUCCUCCUCCCGGGCUCGGCUCGCCCUGGGCGUCCUGGCCGCCGCUGUCCUCUCGCUACUGGCCUUUCCCGGCCGGGGCAGCGCCCGAGACCAGCAGGACGAGAGCAGCUGGCGGAGCCCGCGGCCGCUGCACGCCUUGCUGUGCCUGACCCGCUUCCUCAGCCCCCUCUUCAGCAUCGCCUGUGCCUUCUUCCUCACCUGCUACCUGGUCGGCGGCCGGCGCGGGGAGCACGGCGGCGGCACGACCCGCUGGUGGCUGCUGGCGCUGCCCCUGUGCUGCUACUCGGGGGACUUCGUGGCGCUGCAGUGGCUGCUACCCGCGGAGGGGCAUGAAGAGGAGCCGCAGAUGUUCCUAGGAAGGCUCCUGACGGUGCUGGUCUCGGUGGCGGCGCUAACCCUGCCGCAGAGCUCCCUGAAGUUGUGCCGGAGCCUUCUCGUCCUGGUGUUCUGCAGCCUGGUAUGGCUGGUGUCGCUCAGCAGCCUCCAGGCGCUUCCCCCAGCGCUCGGCCCGCUGCUGGCCGGCACGGUCGGGGUGGCAGGCUGCCUCCUGGCUCUCUGUGGCGGGGAGCACGGCAUCUUCUCGGCGCAGAGCCGAGGAGCGCACCACCAGCAUCACCGCCACCCGCGGCUCCCCAGCGUGGAGGAAAAAGUGCCUGUGAUCAGACCUAGGAGGAGAUCUAGCUGCGUGUCCCUAGGGGAAACUUCGGUCAGCUACUACGGCAGCUGCAAAAUGUUUAGGAGACCCUCGUUGCCUUGCAUUUCCAGAGAGCAGAUGAUACUUUGGGAUUGGGAUUUGAAGCAAUGGUACAAGCCCUAUUACCAAAGUGCUGGCAGUGGGAGUGGAGCUGAUCUCUCAGUGCUGAAUGAGGCUCGGAACAUGCUCUCAGAGCUCCUGAGUGACCCAUGUCUCCCACCACAUGUGAUCUCUUCCCUUCGAAGCAUUAACAGCCUCCUUGGUGCUUUCUCAGGAGCAUGCAGGCCAAAGGCCAGCCCAUUCACAUCCUUUCCUGGUUUCUUCCCCUGUCCUGAAAUAGAAGAUCCUGCUGAAAAAGACAGGAAGCUGCUCAAGGGAUUAAGUAGCAGGAGCGGCCUGCCAACCCCACAGCUGAGACGAUCCUCAGGAGUUUCUGGCUUGUCACCUGUGGAAUCAACAUCGUCUAGAUGGGAAAGGAGUAGCAUUAGCAAGAGAUCCCAUCAGGAACAUAACACAGCAAGCCAAGGAUCUCACUCAAAUGGGUCUUUUGGUGCAAACUUGCUGACAAUAUCAAAGCAAAGAUCAUCCUCUGUGACCUUGACUCAUCACAUGGCUCCCAGACGAGCAGGUGCUUCUCCUGGCCUGAGUCCCGUGGGUUCACCAAGCCAUGGAUCUGUCUCCAGCGGGGCUUUCAGCAACUGGUCGCCUGUAGAGUUCCCUGACACUGCUGAUUUCCUCACAAAACCAAGCAUUAAUAUACACAAGCCUCCAGGACACACAUCUAGCUCUCCAGAUUUUCAGCAGCCAGUUAAAACACCUGUAGGUUAUAUGUGUAGCAGCUGUGGACGUCAGAUACUCAAGCCUGUUCCAAUACCAGAACCAGACUUUGCAGAAUACAGAGACAGAAAAUCAGGUGAAAUUGCAAGCGGUAAUGUCUCCAAAGAAUCUUUCCACCAUACAGAGAAGAGGAAAGAUGAAAAGAAAGAAAUGAUCAAUCAAACACAAAAUACACUGCUUGUGGAACAGAGUUCUAGAUUAGAAACAAUGUUAUUAGACCAUGAUUCACUAAUGGAGAAGAUGAACAAUUGGAAUUUCCAAGUUUUUGACCUUGUAAAAGAAAUGGGAGAUCAGUCUGGAAGAAUUCUCAGCCAGGUUACUUAUACCUUGUUUCAAGACACUGGCUUGUUUGAAAUUUUCAAAAUCCCCACUCAAGAAUUCAUGAAUUACUUCCGUGCGCUAGAAAAUGGCUACCGGGAUAUUCCCUAUCACAAUCGUAUCCAUGCCACAGAUGUUCUCCAUGCAGUGUGGUACCUGACCACACGCCCUGUUCCUGGAUUUCAGCAAAUCCGUAAUGAGCACCUAAUGGAGAGUGAUAUAGAUGAAGCCAGUGGUAUUGCCCCAGUUCAAGUCAGCUACACCUCUUCAAAAAGCUGUCCUAUUACAGGUGACAGUUAUGGUUGUCUGGCAUCAAACAUUCCUGCUUUGGAAUUGAUGGCUUUGUAUGUAGCAGCUGCCAUGCACGACUAUGAUCAUCCUGGACGUACAAAUGCUUUUCUAGUGGCCACAAAUGCACCUCAGGCUGUUCUCUACAAUGACAGAUCAGUCCUAGAAAAUCACCAUGCUGCAUCUGCCUGGAAUCUUUUCUUAUCACGACCAGAAUACAACUUUUUAUCGAACCUUGAUCAUGUGGAAUUCAAGCGCUUUCGUUUCUUAGUGAUUGAAGCAAUCCUUGCCACGGACCUCAAGAAGCAUUUCGAUUUCCUUGCAGAAUUUAAUGCCAAGGUCAAUGACAUGAACAGCAAUGGCAUAGAAUGGAGCAAUGAGAACGAUCGCCUGCUGGCCUGUCAAAUAUGCAUCAAACUGGCUGAUAUCAAUGGCCCAGCCAAAGCCAGAGACCUGCAUCUGAAAUGGACUGAAGGCAUUGUCAACGAAUUUUAUGAACAGGGUGAUGAGGAAGCAAGUCUUGGAUUACCUAUAAGCCCCUUCAUGGAUCGUUCUUCUCCCCAGCUUGCAAAACUGCAGGAAUCUUUCAUCACUCACAUAGUUGGCCCCCUUUGUAAUUCCUACAACGCAGCUGGGUUGCUUCCAGGGCAGUGGGUUGAUGAAGAGGAGGAGGAUGCAGAAAGCACUGAAGAUGAUGAUGGUGCACAGUUAGAGAGUGAUGAUGAAGAAAUGGAAGAUGAUCUUAUUUUAAAAACUCAAAGAAAAAAAGGUAGACGAAUAUUUUGCCAGCUAAUACACCACCUCAGUGAAAAUCACAAAAUAUGGAAGAAAGUUAUUGAAGAGGAAGAGAAAAACAAAACAGAAGGAGCCAAACUGCUGACUGAAAUCUCAUCUUUACCUCAAGCAGAUGACAUUCAGGUUAUUGAGGAAGCUGAUGAAGAUGACGAACGACAACUGGGAGAAGAGAAGACGUGCUAAGGGAACUCCAGUGGUGUCCAGUGUGAUGACAGCCUGUGUUUUUUCCACUGUGCUGACUUCAGCUCACAUAAAAUCGAAAGGCCUUAAUACUGUGAGAGGAUUCUUUUUGCUCUGGUGGAAUCCCACUCCUAUGCACUUUCGCCACACAGAAUACGGAACUUUAUUCAGAUAUUGAGUAUUGUAUACCCUGAUGCAAAGUUCUUUAUGCCUUAGUUGGUAUAAAAUAUCCUGAUAUAAUGCUGCCUUGCUGAAUAUGGAACUCUUCUUUUCCUUGAGGUACCUGCAGUUUUUAAAAAACAUUCAGUGACUUUGAUUACCAAAGUGGCAAGAACUUUUCGCUAACAAGGAAAUGCGGGAUGAAUCCUAAUGUUGUCUUGAGUUGCUUAUUUCAUGUUGUUUUUGAACAUGAAUGAGAAAAAAGUCUGUGCCUACAUGAAAACUAUGUUACUGCUGCAGUGCAAGCCUGUUGUGGGGUGUCUACUUAGUGCAGUAGUGUGCUUCAUGUAGUCAUCUCAGAGCAACUGUUCAAGGACUGUGACAUAAAUGCUGAAUUCUGAUAUUUGUGGUUUAAAAAGAGGAAAGAAAAUCCAGGUGCAUCUAUUUCUGAUGCUUUUUAUUAUUGUGCAUAAUCUGAUGUUUUAUUUUUGCAAAAAAUAUUCAGGUUUGCAGUGGAUGUUCAUGAUAAUUCAUUGAAUACAAGGCCACUCUCAUCUGUUGCCUUGCUGUUUUGUGGUAGAACAUUAAAAACCUGUUCAGCUACUUAAAUUAUGAAGGAAUUUUAUUCUUUUAGUCAUAAGUAAUGUUGUAUUUCCUGCCCUUACUCAGGUUCACUUUAAAAACAAGUCAACCACAUCAUAGAUUUUUAUCUUGCACCCAUUUCCCAUAUUAAAUUUUAAGGAAAUAAGAUCGUAUCUCAUUUAUUGUUUGUAUGUAAAUCUUUAGGAGAAUUAAAGAUUUUUUUUAAAGACAUAAACUACUGUUGCAAAAUGGCUAUUUUAAUUUGCCCCACACAUUUUUUCCAUCACAGACAGAGCUUUUAUUGCCCUCAAGUUUGAUGUACAUCCUGAAAUACACAUAUGGAAACCAGAAGGUAGAAACUUUGUGUAAAGCCUGAUACAAGAUAAAAAUCACUGUACUGUACCACAUUUUAGAUUGUUGAGUUUUAAAAUAACAAACUUAAACAUUCCACCCCAAUUUUAGAAAAUUAGUAUUUUUAGAAACACUACCAUUGUAGGUCUAAUUUGCAAACAAACAAACAAAAAAGUUGUAAAUUAGGCUACAGGUAAGCAAGCCACAGAUAAGUCUAGUUUUAAAAGUGCUCCUUUUAGUACUGAACCUUUAAGUGCUGUAUAGUUGAACUGAAUAAAACCCAAAUGUGCGUGCGCUAUUUCUAAAUGUGUCUCAGCAUAUUUGUGUUUGCAUCAAUUGACUUGGAAAAAAAAAGAUAAUCUUGUGUAAACUGCAUUACACAAUUUUACACAGGUUUUCAUUCUGCUAUUUCAUUGGCCAGUUUAAAUAACUGAAAGGUUUGGGGUUUUUUUUUUUUUUUCUUUUUUCACUAGUAAGCCUUUUGUUGAUGCACUUAAAAGACCACUGAAAUGUGCUUUUGCUAUAUCUUAAGUAACAAAUUCCCCUUUGCUGCCAUUAUCACUGUCACUGCAGUUUUUUUGUAACAUGAGCAGUGUUAAACCAGAUAUUUCUGUCAUUAAUAAAAUGUUGCACUAUUGAA